AGUUGGUGCUCAUGAUGGGUUAUAAAGGCUGGAUUUUGGCUUUUAUGCUAGUGGCACCUGGGGACCUCUUUGUAGAAGACAGGCUUUGUGACUUACCCGACAUAGAAAAUGGAAGAAUUGCUCUGUAUUAUUAUAGCUUUAAAAACUACUAUUUUCCAAUGAAGAAAGAAGAAACCCUUUCAUUUCACUGUCUGGCUGGCUAUACAACAGAAAAUGGGAGUCAAGAGGCAAGAAUAACCUGCGCAAUGAGAGGCUGGGUGCCAGCCCCCAAAUGUUACAAGAAAUGUACUGUACCUCUCUUGGAUCAUGGUGUGUUCUCUGAUACAAAACCCACCUACAUAAUAUGGGAAAGUCUGCAGUACAGUUGCAAUUCAGGCUAUUUAACUCCUGGAGGCAGCAGGAAUGGAACUGUGCAAUGUAUUCCAGAUGGAUGGUCAGCUCAGCCAAGAUGCAUAGAAGCAAGUGGUAUUGCUUUAGAGACCUGUUUAGCACCAAAGUUACUCCAUGGCCACUACUCUACAACCCAGAAAGUUUUCAAGUUGAAUGCUGUCCUCCAAUACGAAUGUGAUGAUGGAUACCAGUCAGCAGGAGGCAACACACUGGAGGAAGAACGGUGCGGGCCUGAAGGAUGGCUUUUUACUCCAAAGUGUACUAAAAUCGGAUGUUCAGCACUCAGUCCUGUAGAACAUGGAGGUCUCCAUCCCAGGAAGGAAAGCUACGAAGAAGGAGACGUGGUUCAGUUUUUCUGUUUGAAGGAUUAUUCUUUAAGAGGUUCAGAGUUAAUUCAGUGCUAUUACUUUGGCUGGUACCCAAAGCCUCCAGUAUGUGAAGCAAGAAGAAACAAGUGCCCUCCUCCGCCUCAACCCCCCAAUACCAAAAUACUACCAAACUUAAAAACGUAUCAACAUGGGGACAUGUUGCGUUUGGAAUGUGAGCCUCAUUUUCAGAUCAGAGGAACUGCAGAUAUCCAGUGUGAAAAUGGCAAAUGGACUUCCCCUCCCAGAUGCAUGGGUUACUUACCUCCAAGAACUGACCAUCGGAAAUUAGAAGAUGUGGGUGAAAAAACAAGCAGUGAUGUCAGUCUCAGUUGGGAAACCAAUGGGAGUUGUGGAGUUCCUCCUGCAGUGGAAAACAGUCUCAUUCUUGGUUUGUUGUUGACAAGCUACGAAACUGGCUCCUCAGUUGAAUAUCGAUGUCCCCGGUAUCACCUAUUAAGGGGAUCCAGUACAGUUCGCUGUGUGCAGGGGAACUGGACAGAGCCACCAGUUUGUUUAGAGCCAUGCUUUGUGGAUGAAGAAAACAUAAGAGAUUUCCACAUAAAGAUGAAAUGGAGGUUGGAUGAAGAACUGAUUUUCUUACACGGUGAUGUCAUUGAAUUUGUGUGUGAGCCAGGGCAUGUUCUGCCACCCUUUGUUGGACAGCAGCAGUUGCUGGUGCAAUGUAAGCGUGGAGAACUGAAAUAUCCAAAGUGUAUUUCCAAAGACUCAAAUGAAAACUGUGCGUCCCCGCCAGUCAUAGAGAAUGGAGUUGCUAUGGAAUCAUUGACAACAGACUCUGCCCAUCGCUCAGCAGUAGAAUACAGUUGCCACGAACACCAUGUUUUGCAAGGCUCUAGGGCAGUGUUCUGUUUAAAUGGCCAAUGGACUACCCCACCAGUUUGCAUAGAGCCAUGUACUUUAUCAUGGGAUGAGAUGGCAGAAAAGAAUUUGGAAUUAGUAUGGAGUUUUGACAAUCGACCUUAUUUCCUCCAUGGAGAAUUCAUUCAGUUUAAAUGCAAACCACGUUAUUUUAGUCCAUCAAAUUCACAAUCUGAUUUUAGAGUAAAGUGUUGGAAUGGACAUCUGUCAUAUCCAGUAUGCAUUGAAAGGAACAGUUCAGAAUUGCCAUCCUCCCAGGCUACUGUUUGUCCUUCAGUGGAAAACCUAUAUCCCUCUCCCCCUGCACAGAGGAUCAAACAAUGCAUUCCACCUAAACAACUACCGCAUGGUCAUGUAAUUUAUACCUCUAAGAGUGCCUUCAUAGAGGGUGAUGAUAUGUCAUUUCAGUGUGAUGCAGGAUAUCAUCCUGAGCAACAGGAAGCAAGAGCCAAAUGUACAAAAAAUGGCUGGUCACCCAUGCCAAGAUGUGCUGUCACAGUUUGUGAAGAACCACCUGAAGUUGAUUUUGGAGAGAUGGUAAGUGACGAAAGGGCUAUGUAUUGGAAAGGUGAUAGAGUACAAUACAGAUGUAACCUUGGAUAUACCUUGGAAGGGCCUGAAUGGAUAACAUGCAACGGACCUAAAUGGACAUCUCUACCAAAAUGUUUGGCUCCUUGUAGUAUUACAAGACAGCAGCUGGAAGCCAAACACCUCCUUUUGCCUGGUGGCCGAAGACGUUCACUUGUGAUUCAAAAUAAUCAGACACUGCACUUCCUGUGCAGGGAAGGAUAUGUACUUGCAGCACCUUCAUUUACGAAAUGUAUUGAUGGGCUCAUGAAUUUGCCAUCCUGUAUCUCUGAAAGAGGAAAAACCUGUAGCCGCCCACCAACUGUUGCGAAUGGGGACAUUAUAACUUUACCUCAGGAACAAUACACAUCUGGCUCUUCGGUAGAAUUCAAAUGCCAACAAUAUUAUGCAAUGGAAGGACACAGCAGAUCCUUUUGUGACAAUGGGAGCUGGACAAAAACACCUGUCUGCUUAGAGGCAGUCUGCGGAGAACCCCCAACAGUUAGCAAUGCUGACAUCAUAAGGAGAAGAAAAGAGGUUUACCGUCUUGGCCACCAUGUGCAGUAUCGAUGCCGUGCAGGGUUUGAAAUGUCCGGAUCAGAUUCUGUAACAUGUGGAAUUAAGGUGUGGUCAGAACCACCCACAUGUAAAGAUGUCACAUGUUCUCCACCAAGUGAAAUUGCUCAUGGUGAAUUAACUGGUCAACUCAAGGAAAGAUAUAUGCCUAAUGAUACAAUGCGUUAUCAGUGUGAUGAUGGCUGGAGGCUUUUUGGACCAGUGGUAGUAACAUGCUUGAACAAGCAAUGGACAAAACCACCAAGAUGCAUAGAUGCUGCAGGAAACUGUGGUCGCCCUCCUCCUAUUCAAAAUGGAGAUGUGCUUAACCCUGUCCAGGAGCUCUAUUCGCCGGGUACAACGUUGCAAUACAAAUGUCAAAACUUGUAUGUAAUGAACGGAUCUUCAGAAGUACGUUGUGAAAAUGGUCAGUGGACAGAGACUCCAACAUGCAUAGAGCCUUGUACAGUAACGGAAGAAGAUAUGGCACUAAACAAUAUUCAGUUGAAGUGGAUAAAUGAUUCAAAAUUAUAUACACAAUCUGGAGAUAUAACGGAAUUUACUUGUAAACAGAACUAUCGGAAGGACCCAUCUUCCCCUCCCUUCAGAGCACGAUGUAUAGAAGGCAGGCUGGAAUAUCCAAGAUGUAUCCCUGGUUAUUAAAACGAAUGGAAAGAUGGAAGCAACUGUUGAUUUUAAUCAAGAUUUUCUCUCCAGAAAUCAUCGUUUGUAUCUUUCAAACAUUGUCAUAUCAAGCUGCUUUUGUAAUCAUAUUUUUGGUAAGUAAGGUCUAUAGUUCUUCACAAUGGAUCAAAAUUGGAAACUUCAUGGAAGCCACACCUUCAGCUUUUAUAAUGAGGAUAAAAUAGUGGUAGAUUUACAUCCAAGCCAGUCUCAAGCCCAUAUGCCAAGGAAACAUUACAAGUAUGAUACUAUAAAAAGAAGAAACUAAAUCUGAAAUCAACAAAGCAGAAAUAAGUUUCUUGUUCCAUAAACUGAAAUAUCGAUGAGAAUUAGUCCUUUAUUUUCAGUGUGUGCUCUAAAUGCAAAAGAUUUUUUUUUUGUUUAGCUUGCAGGGCUUUUGUGUGUAUAUUUGUCCAAAACAAAUAAAAAGCACUUGUUUAUAAAA